AUGUCCGCAAACGCGGACUCUAUGGACUGUUGUCUACAAAGAGGCGCAGAUGGUGCUAGAGGAGAUGAUGCUGGAACCUUGAAGUACAGUGUUGUUGGGUGGUUGACUCAGGCCUUCCAUCCAAUUGACCCUCCUUUGCUGACAAAUACGAAGGACAAUUGUGGGUUCAAACAUGAUGUUACAGAUUAUGACUGGAGUCAAGCUUUCAUCCCAAUUAUAUUUGAAGAAAACAAAGGUGCAUCUUCCAACUCAAUAUGCCAACACAAAUCUUCUCAGGCUAUGAAAGGACAUAUUGCAUCUCUGCUAGGGAAAAAACAUGUCAAACCUUGUGCCAUUGCAUAUGUGGCUGUUCAGUUUGACGGUGAUUUCAAUCUCAAGGAGUUUUAUAAUAAUAUCCUUCAUUGGUUUGAGGGUCCUUGCAAUAAGGUCCACAAAGUGCGAAAAGGUCUUUGGCCAGGAUUGAGAGAUUACAGUUCCGAAGGAGAUGCUUAA